AGUGGGGGUGGGGGGCGGGGCCGGGAGGGGGGCAGCCCCCAGCCACUGCAGGCCAGGCCGGGCAGUGCAGAGGAGGGGCCUUUUGUGUAGGGCUGCCCAUCCCUAUCCCUGGGACUUCUAUGGGCUGAGAGCCCUGGGUGACAGCAGGGACACCUGCACCUUUGCCCCCCCACCCACCUACUUGCUGGACAGGUGCUCCUCCCUGGGGCUCCCCUUCUCCCCUGUUGGUUGAGCCCUGACCAGGGAGUGGGGGCCCUGGGGUACCUGCUUCUCCCCAGAAUGGGGCCUGAUGGAGGACGCAGGGGGCCCUGCCUGCCCUGUCUCCAGAACCACACUCAGGAUUAUGCAGCCCCUCCCGGCCUUGGCCUCCUGCCCAGGAACGUGGGCACUUGGUGCUUUGAGAGAGGUGGGGAGAGCAGCCACUGCCCAUCCAAAGCCAGUGGCCUUGGGUUCACUGUAUCCUUUUUGCCCUGAUCAGCAUGGGGCCCAGGGUGGCAGCCUGGCGUGGCCUUGCUUUUGGCUCUGUCCACCCCUUCCCAGGCCUCAUGGUGUGGUCAGGAGACCCCAGACCCAGGAGAGUGGCUGUGUCUUGUGGUGGGACAGAGACAAGCUGGGCAGCCGGAAGUGGCUACAUUCCUCAGAGCUCCUCCCUGGGCCUGGCCUAGCAGGAGCUGCCCGAGGCCACCCGAGGGUGAGCCAGACCUCAGGCAGGCAGAUGGAUGCAGCCACAGCUCAGCGGCUUCAGGCAAGGAGAAAGGGCAGAAGAAAUAAACAUGGGAUAAACAGGGGCUGUGGCCCGCGCUGGUCCACUCUCCCCAGGCAGUGUGACAGCUGGCACUAACAGCCAUUGCCUGAUGGCAGGGGCCACUGGGCCUCCCCGUGCCAGGGCAGUAGGUACACAGCCGGGGGAACCACCUUGGUGGACUGCAGUUCUGUGCUGGGCCCCCCCAAGUAGGCCAGGGAUGGUGAUGGGCUUUUGGUGGCAGGCUGUCUUCCUGUCCCCAAAGGAUGUGACCACCCUGGCAGCAGCUACCGUAGGCCCAGCCUUGUGCAUACAGAAGCCCCUGGGACUGUACCGGCCUCAAAGCCCCUGCAUGUUCCUGAAGAGCAGGGAAACAGGAGCAAGUGCUGCGCUGACAGGCCAAGUUUAGAAAGGCGCUGUCACCUCACUACCUCUCCUAACCCUCGGGGACAGCGUUCCUGCCCCCUGUCCUGCAGAGGGCUGUCUUCUGUCCUGGGAGAAGGCCCGGAGACAGAGUGUGCUGAUGAGGACGAAUGGUGCCAAGCCCACCUGCCAAGGAUGACAGGAAUGAGUGGGGACUCCAGGAUACCCCAAUGCAUGCCUGCUUCCUCCCCAGCUUCUGUGUGGCUCUUCCCUGCCCUAGCCUCAGGGGACUGGGCCUUGCUGUCCCAGAGCCCCUGGCACCUCCCUCCAUGCAGGGGUGUUUGGCAGGUAGAGCUCCCUUGGAACCAUGGACAACCCCCACCCCCUUCCCACCAAAUAGGCCUGGUCCGCUGAGGGGCCUUAGAGCAGGGAGACGCAGCCAGGCCCGUGGACCCUGUGUGUGCCAGGUGGCCGCCCAGGCCAGGCAUUCUGAGGAAGUGAGUGGGACUGGCAUCAUCUCAGGCCUGCCCAGCCCUGCUGGGGGUCAGCACUGGCCACCCUGCCACAGUCACCUGCCCAUGACGACUCAGCGCUCAGAGGCACAGUCUGUGACUUGGCAGGGGGCCAAGCUUUGUCUUCCUGAUUGCCUGUGUCACCCUGUCCCUAGCCUGCUGCUCUGUGUGACUCUGGUGCCCAGGGGCAGUUUUGGGGUCCAUGGCCGAGCCUCCAGGAGUGAGGAGGCCCGGGCUCAGGAGAGGCAGAUGGAUGGUCAGGCCAGUGGGGGCCUGGGUGGGGAUGGCAAGGGUUAUCUGCAGCCACCCCAGGGACAGUGUGCUGGUACAGGGACCCACAGGACACAUGGCCCCAAACCCCCAAGUCUUCAGGGCCGGGUUGGGUUGGAGGGUCUGUGGCUGUCACUGAGCCCCCCUCAGGACCCUUCCCCAGGGCAGUGAAGGCUGGGACGCCUUGCGCCAGCCCCUGCUGGACUCCAGAUGGAGAGGGGACACAUGUCUACGCACACACAACUACACACUUAAUUAACAGGAGCCCUCGGUGCCCCUGCCACCUUCAGACCUCUUGUGAACCUGCGAGGGGACCCAUCAUGCUUCUCCCAGAAGAUGGCUACGUCCUCGCUGUUGCCAGCCCUGACCACGACACUGCUGCUGUUGCCUGUCCUCAGGGCCACCAGGUCCCUGGGGUGCGGCACUCUGGGUGAAGGAAGCGUCUGUCCCACCCAGGAAGCUCUGAGCAUCAUCCUGGUCAUGACACACGUGCACCCAGGAAAUGUCUCGAUGCCACCGUGUCAGCAUGGGACAUCUGGCCUCGCAGCAUUCCUGGGCCACUCGCUGGAGGCUAUGGGCUCUGUCACCCUGUCCCGUGCCCAGACCCACCCAUUCCCUCCACCUAGGCGGGGCACCGGAAGCCCUCAUGGCUCUGCCUCCUGAGGAUAGGUCCAGCAACCCAUACCAUGUGAGGUGUGGGGCGGCAAAGGGGCUCUGACAUCCCAAAGUCAGUCUCCCAACCCCAGCUCCCUCCCUGCUAUACAGGCCACGCAGCCUCGCCUGUUUGACACAGAGGCCUCUGUCCAGUCUGACCCUUUCUGCGAUGUGGGGAGCUGAUGCCUGGUUCGGCAGCGUCCAGUACCUGCGGUCUCGCAGGUCCAGUACCUGUGUCCCCUCCAGGGCUGCUGGGAAGCCGCACCCUGGGCCGGUGACAUGAUGCAGAGCGUGUGCCCUUGCCAACCCCCCCCAGGGGACCUCCUAGGUCUCAGUGGGGGCCCAGCAGGCAUCUCUCCACCCCGUGUCCCCUUCUGCCUGGUACUUGCAGUUCAAACCACUCUAACUUGGGAUGACCUUGUUAUUCUUUUUUUUGAUUUCUUUCUUUCUUUCUUUCUUUCUUUCUUUCUUUCUUUCUUUCUUUCUUCUUUUUCUUCCAUUUUUUUCGAGACAGGGUCUCACCGUGUAGCCCAGGCUGACUUCAAACUUGUGGUGCUCCUCCUGCCUCAGCCUCCCAAGUGCUGGGAUUACAGGAGUGCACCUCCUCACACAGCUGAUCUCGUGAUUCUCGUUGGUCCCAUAAAGAAAGGCCAUGUGCUUAGCUCCAGGUAGAAGCACGUUUUGGGGUACCAUGCACACCACACCCACUCUUUAGGGCACUUCCCUGCUCUGCUAUACUGUUGUCUGGGUCAUGAGGGCCAUGGUCCUUCUCCUCCUCACACCCUAUUGCCCCCAAGGUUCAUACUUGGGACCCAGGACCCAGGGAGACAGGGGCCUCGGGGUGGCCUUGGGGGUGACUGUCAGAGGGCCCCCGGAGCCCCUGCAUCAGCAGGUGGAGUCCCCUGCAAGAGGCCCCAGGUACCUCCUGCUCUUGAGCUUUUCCCGGAGCACAGCACUUUCCUGCCCUGACGCUCAGCACUUGGCCUGGGCUCUGGACUGCCAGUGACCGCUGCCUGUGUUCUAUAGAGGCCAGGCUGCCUGGCAGACACAGCGGGCCUGGAGUGCACCAUCCUGUGGGUGCCUUGCCACCCUUCCACCCAGCCCUUGCCGGUGACAUCCAGCCAUAUGUGUCCUUUCUGCCCCACUCAGCGCUGGUGCCAUGGAGAGGCAGGCACAGUGGGCAUGGCCUGAGCCGGCCAGGAGUCUGUCCACCCUGACUCAGGCCCGGGUGGCUGGAAGUCCUGGGCUGUUGCUGGGAGGACAAUCUGGUGACAGAGCAGGGGACACAGGGAGCCUGGGCCAACAUGGCGUGAGGUCCUGGCCUGGCCAUACCAGAUGUCUCUCUACCCAUCCCGGCUGCUCUGCCAAAGGGAGCCUGGUGGGCACCAUCUGCUCACAAAGCCCUUGGUGUGGGGAUCUUGGCAAGGGACAGCGGCCACUGUGCAGCCAUGUCUACCGGUCCCUUUGACCAUUCUGGGCUGCAUGUCCCUUCCUGUACCUAGCUCUGGGCAGACAGGGCAUCCCCUGAGCGUGGGCCUCAUCCACGGACAUCAAGGCCAGAGGGUGCCCAGGUACCCCUGGGGCCACCAGGCUGGGAGACAGGAGCUGGCCAGGAACGUGGAAUGGUGGCAGUUUAGGGAGCCCCUGGUUCUGGCCUCCGAGAGCCACCCUCUGGCUCAUCCUCAGCCUCUGCUAUGAUCGCCUGCUGGGCACAGGCCGGGGCGUGGAACAGCAUUGCCAUGCCCUAGGUUCAUAGACACAGAGGGUGCCACCCGUCCAUUGGUGUCCAGAGUGGGCUCUGAGCUCUUGUCUGGAAAGCCAUAUUUCCCAGGCCCUGGCUUCCCACACCAUCGCCCAGUCUCAUGUUGGGCAGCCUGUGGGCAGACAGGGAUGUGUGUCCAUGCUGAGCCCCGGGCAGGGUCACAGAAGGACUCGGUGGCAGAGGGGACAGCCAUGGCCGAUACUGGGGACAAAGGGCUACUUUUCCUUGAGUUAGGAGCUGGGGUGCUACAGCUGUGGAGAUCCCUGGGGCUCCAGGCUAGGCCAAGGGGCUGCUGGGAGGGGACAGCUGCCCAGGGCCCCUCAGGAGCUGGGGACAAGACAGGCUGCUGACCCUGGCUGUCCUGGGGGCACGGGCUUGCUGUGUGGCUCCUCCCAGCUGCUGAUCUACCCCUGGGUCCAAGGUCUCCUCCCUCUGCCUAGAGGUCCCACAGACCGGCUGUGAGUUGUCUGGGAAUCCCCCACCCCUGCAUUUCAGCCUGCUUCGGGUGCAAUCAGCAGCAGACUGGGGUUUUCUCCCCCACACACACCUGCAUGGGCCAGCACUCCACGUUCCCUCUCAGGAGCCCAGAUCGGCUGGUUUUCGACUCAGGAAAGGACCCGCAGUCCCUGUCCCACCCCAGACCUGCAGCAGCACCCUGGAGGGUGUGAGGCCAGGACCCUAGCACAUGGAGUCAGGCUGGAGUGUCCAAGGCUGAAGCUUCACUUCCAUCCCGAGGAGGGUCAGGCUGUCCAUUGGCACUGACUCUGACCCCCCUGAAAGCCUCAAUGAAAGCAGCGGAGAACCUGUCUGCUCUGUGUGUGUGCACAUACGUGCAUGUGCACACGUGUGUGUGACCGGGGAUUGAACCCAGGGCCUUUGCACAGACUCAGCUACAUCCCCAGCCCCUUGUUUAGUUUUUCUUUUGAGACAGGACUUUGCUAAGACACAGGGAAGGGCAUGGUCCUGGGCAAGGUGGUGCUUGGUGUUAGAGGGGCCCCUGGGGGGGCUGGCAGUUGGGGUGUCCUCCACUGAUGAUGCCUUUAAAGGCUGGCAUGCUUCCUGGGUGCCCCUGCUCCUGUGGCCUGGGAUUCCAGGGUCACAAGCCCACCUGCCUGCCCUGGUAAAUGCCAGGGUGGGAUGCCCAGGAUGUGAGGAGGGGUUGGUUGAGGCCUGGUGGGCACAAGUCCAGGGCUCCAAGGGAGUCUCCUGUCUGGUUUCCCCAGUGUGGGGACUUGGGGAGCAUUGCUUCAGUCUUUGGACGGCAGUACCAGAGCUGCACUGUCCCCAGAGGUCACACUUCCGCUUAGAGGGUCCGCUGUGCUGGGGGCUGUGCAGGACUCUGGCUCCACUGUUUAGGAUCCCUUCUCCACAGGUGUUCAGUAGGCACAUAGGUGGGGGGACGGAGGGGCCGCUCUGGGCCACAGAGACUGCUGGGUCUCUAGGUCUCACUUUGUCGACUCUGGUGGCUGCUCAGGGUGCAGUGACAUGGUAGGGGAAGGUCCUGAAGUCCUAAGGCGUCAGCUACUCAUGGGUUCCAGGUUCGGUGCUCACCCUCGGGCAGAUGGCCCCAUUUCCCUGAUGUUGAGGACAGGGCUGGCACACACCUGAGCCUUCUCCUCGUGCAAGAAUGGACAUCUGGGUGCCAGGUGAAGGGCCUGAGCUCAACUCUGCUUCCGGGACAUCUAGGGCCCCCGCCCUGGGUGCGGGCUACUCCCUCCUGGGCACCACCCUGGGCAGGAGCCACCCCUGGUGUGGCCUUGCUGUGGAGGCCCAGCUCCAGUCCAAGCGGUUUGCCUGGGGAGCUAGAGCCCUGCCCAUGCUCCUUGGGGUGCAUGGGCCCCUACAAGUAUUCUAGAGACCAGGCCAUGGCCAUCUUCCUCCCAUGCCCCAAACUCCUGACACCUGCAGGGGUCUCUUUUCUCCAUGGGAGAGAAACCCUGUGGGGGUACAUGAGGGGGACGAUGGCUCCCCUCCACCCCCAAGGCUUUCUAGCAGCAUGGAGAAAGGUCGCCCCCUGCUGGGUCUGUGCAUCACAGCCAGGGACCUGAGUUGACAUCAGCCAGGUGGCCUGCCCCAGGGUGUAGGUCCCCAGAUGCCAGCAUUUGGGGUUGGGAUAGGAGUGGGAGCAGGUUAGCACCCCAAGUUGAAGCCCCUAGGUCUAAUAGCAUGUAGGAGAGUUCUUGGCACGUGAUCUGGGGACCGGCGCCCCAGCAAGGGCAGAGCCUGAAACCUGGCAUGCCCUCACCCGCAGCCUCCUUACGUGUCCCCAGGGUCCCCGAGGUGCCCACAGCCUCACUCUGGCCAUGUGAGUGGCUCUGCAGGUUUUGGCCCUGCGGUGCUGAGCCACCUGCCUCUGUUUACCCACCCACCUGCUGGACCCUGGCUGUCUCAGUGUCACCUGACUGCACUGUGCUCCAGGCCGCUGUCCUCUGCUGUGUCCUGCUGGCACCUGGGGCUGGGCUCUGCCAGGGUCUCAGGGACCCAAGAGCUUCUGGGGCUCUGAGUGUGUGCUGCGUCUCCCCACCAGGGCAGGGCUCAGGGGCAGGGGAGACCUGAGGGGGGCAGUGUUGUAGGUGUGUGUGUCCCGCCCCACACCAGGGCGGUGCAGCUGAGGCUCCUGGCAAGGGAAUAGGGUUCUCAGGCUGCUAGGGGAGAGCAGGAGGCGUCUGCGAGGCCUUGGUUUCUCUGGCAACCUCUGGGCGGGGCAGCUCCUCCAGUACCUGAGCAGCUACCCUAUGGCUCCAGCUAGGGCUGCCUGCUCCUGGCUGUUGUAGCAGGCCAUAGCCUCUGGCCAGCGCCCUCUCCCCAACAGGGAGCCCGGGAGGUAUCCAGAGGGUGAGUGUCAGAGUGGCUGCCUGAGCCCUGCUCCAUCCACCCGGCACCUUGGGAAGGAAGAGGGUGGGAAGCCAGAGGGCAGAGGCAGGUAGGGAGGCCCAGGAUUCUUUCUUGCCUUGGACUUGGCCUCGUGCAGAUGUGUCCCCUCCCUGUCAGUGCAGAGGCAGCCCCGGGAGCCCCGGGAGCUGGAGAGCUCAGGUCUCAUUAGGGGGCCUGCACCCUAGAUUAUCAUCAAAUGACCCGUAGGAUGUAAUCCUAGAGACUCGGGAGGCUGAGGCAGAAAGACUGUAAGCUUGAGGCUAGCAUGGGUCACUUAGAGAAACCUUGUCUCAAAACAGAAAUUAGAAAAGAAAAAGGGUUGCAGGUGUUUCUGUGGUCCAGGGGCAGAGUGCUUGCCUAGUACCCACGAGGACCCUGGUAUGGACCCUGGUGGACCUGCAUGGCCCAGCCCCUGGCAGAGGUGGGGAGCCAGGGGAACUGACCAGCACAGACCCCCUCUAGCGUGGCUCACCAGUCCUGGCCCUGCCAGGAGCAUCUCCACAAGCCUGUGAGGUGCAGUGGAUAUGGUGGCAGUUGUGGAAGGAAACGCAGAGCUGUGACCCGAAGGCCUUGGCCUCCAUGACCAUGCCCAGCCCUUGUGGACCGCAGGUCCUUUCCCAUGUAACUUUCACUUGCAUGCAGCCCAGGCCAUGGGUGUGUAGCAGUGGCUCCCUGGGAUCCCAGUUAGGGGGCCUGUCCAAGGCAGGGACUCGACUCUGCGCUGUGUAACGAAGGUAAGGUGACAACAUCAUCCUCAGGGGCUCACGCAGGGGCUCACAUGCCUAGGGGACAUUGCUGUCUCUGUGGGCCAAAGCGGUGAGCAGCAGCCUGGCCAGCCCAAGUGGCUCAGCACAGCAGCACCCGAGGUAGUAGGGCUGGGCCCCUGCUGGAGCUAACCCGCGCCAGGAGGCUGCUGAGCUCCCUGGGGUGGCUGGCCAGGUCCUCUCAGAGGCAUGGCAGGCCCACCAGGUCAUAUGAGGGCCUCUUGGAGACUGAGCCCCAGGUGGACAGGAGGAGCGGCUCUGGGACAGGGCCACUCAUCUCUGCUCCACCUCCCCUGCAGGGCCUCCAUCUGGCCUCCCAACACGCCCUGCUCGCAGCAGCCUCCCCGGUCUGUGCUGUGUCACCCUGUCCCCGCCCCUGCACCUGCCACCACCUCAGUGUAGGCCCUAUCUCUGGGGGCACGGCCGGCUGGGGCAUCAGUGGCUGGGGGCACAGGGUACAGGGCCCAGGGGGAAAGGGGAGCAGAUGCCCCGCCCUGGCACUGGUUCUGCAGAGCCCUGUGGGGGGUGCAUGUUGCAUGCACAGUAUGUGGUAUAUAAUGUUGUGUGUAGUGUGUUGUGUCACCUGUUGUGUGUAGAAUGUUGUAUUGGCACUUCCUGUGUUGCGAGUAGUGCAUUAUGCAUGUAGUAUGGUGUGGGUGUAGCAUGUAGUGGAUGUCACAUGUUGCAUGUUGUGUGCACGCUGUGGGUGUAGCAUGUUGUGUGUGAUGUGUCACAGGCAGGCUGUGGAUGAUGGGUAGCCUGUGCCUUUCACUUGUCAUUCCAUGAGACCCAUCCCACCCCUGCUGUAGGCACUCAGGGCCCUGUCCCUUUCUUGGUGGCCUCAGGGCAGGCACGGCCACAGCAGCCGGAGGCCAGGGAGGCACUCAUGGUGGCAGUUGGGUGCCAUGCCAACACUCAGUGCCAGCUGUUGUUGCUGUGGAGAGCGCUGGGGCCCCAUGGUGGUGGGCGUGGUGGCCUCGCCCUCGCUGGCCCUGCUGCCCAGGUUUGUGUUCCUAGGACCCAGAGGUGAGGAGUAAACAUUGUUGCUAACAGGCAUAGAGUGCCUGCUGGUCAUUCAUCAGGCAGCAGGUAUGGCUGUGCCUUGUGCCUGUCAUAGCUGUGGGGCCUGGGGUGUCACCUCCAGCAGACCACACAGGGCAGUGGUGGGUGAGCUGGCACUUGGGAUGGAGGAGACUGAGGUGCCCGGGCUCCCAGCCACCAUGCCCAGCUCAGCUCCCGUGAGUUCCUGAGUCUUUUGCCCUCUAGGAGCCUGGGCAAGGUACUAGUACCUAGGAGGCAAAUGCCAGGGCAGGGUCUCAGGGUCCCUAUGUACACCUUCUUUGGGACAGGGAAGGUUCAAGGCCCCUGUGGCUCCAGAAAGUGGCCCCUGUGUGUGGACUCUGUGUUGCCCACAGACCCCAGGGACCCCCUGCCCUGGGGGGGGCAGGUUAUGGGCGUGGCUUGACUCCUGGCCUCGGAACCCACCAGGACUUGUGGCAGGCUGAGCCCGGACACUCCAUAAAGUAGGGGUGCCGACAGGACACCCCCAUGGGAUGCUUCUGGGCCCACACUGUCCCUGCCAGCUCUUUGGGGAACCUUCUGCUCCCCACCAGCUGACCAGCUGGUGUGGCCAUCCAGGGGACUGGAGGGUGGUGCAGGACCUGAGCUGUGCCACUGUCGUGACACCAGCAGAGGGAGCCUUGCCCUCAGGAGCCUAGGGUCCCACCUUCCAUCUGGGGGCCACAGUACUGCACUGUUGAAGAGUGGGAGGGGGAGGUCCAGCACACGAGGUUCCUGGCUGCUGGACCUCAGCGUGGGCUUUAUUUCCUACCCACCAGGUAUCUGUGACCAAGUGCUUAACUCUGCUGUGUUGUGACAGGGAUGUUGGGGCCUCCAGUGCCCACCUCUUGAAAACGUCACCACGGGACACAUGUGAGAUCUCCUCCAUUUCAGCCUUGAGGGGUGACGUCCGCAGGGGAGCUGCACAGAGGCCUUGUCCUGGACACCAGGUUGGGCAGACUUGGCAGACUUGGACGGUGCUGCCGCGGGAACCUGGCUGCAGAGGUACUGGGGUGCCCAACCCCACGGUGGGUGCCUGGACUCACACCAGGAGUGCACCAGGACUUCCUGCUCUGAGGCUGGGGAGGUGGCACACGGGGGCAUUUGCCCCCCACAUUCUGAGUGCAGGGCUUUAAGAGCGGCCGGGUCAGGGCAGGAGCUGCUCAGGGGUAAGUGCUGGUCCAGUGUGAUGGGGCAGGCCCAGAACUGCAGAACAGAACGAGCACCCUUGGGUGCUCCCCAGGCCACCUAGAACCAAGGUACCCUUGCCUUUCUUGGAGGACACUCAGGAGGGAAGGAGCAUUUUGGGGAUUCCUGGCUCCCCACUUCCCGUGCCUGAGGUUAGCCUGCAGCUGGGGUGAGCCCAGGGCUCCGAAACCCCCUCAAGGCGGGAGCUGGCGCUCCUGGCCCUUAAAGCAUCUGGGGCACAAGUGGCAGCUCCAGGCUCUGUCAUGGGUGACACAAGGUUAUUAUGCUGUCACCAGGCCACCUGGAAUUCUCCUCACCCUAGGUGGCAGCUCAUUAGGAAGCCCCACCCGCUGCCAGCGGGCCCACACCCACUGUCCCCAGUUUCAAUGACCGUCCAGAAGGCUUGCGCUUGGGUCAGGGGACCAGCGCAGGCGGGCACCCAGGGCUGGCAGUGCCAGCCAUCCCAAGAAGCCAUGGGUGCCCAGCUGUAGGCGUCGAGGCCACCAUGUGACGACACCACUCCCACUCAGCCCCUCGCCCACCCCAAUCCUGGGUGGGUUGCCCACCUGCCUGGGGGGCGCGCUGCUGCCCUGCACCAGGGAGACCCUGAAGCUGGGCCUGUCCUCCCCCAGGGUCCUGGGGACAGGGGGCCCCGGGAAGGCUGGCACAGAACACAGGUAGGGACAGCGUGGAUUGAGGAUACGUUGCUAGCAUGGGUCAGCAUGGGGCCAGGCCCGGCCCUCCCAGUCUCAGGGUCCCUGUCUAGAUGCUGGGCUGGUCUCAUGGGGUGUGGACAGGACUUGGGACAGCCAGGGCGGGUCACGGCAGGACCUCUCUGGCCCUUCUGCCCUCUGAAGUGGGAAGGGGAAGCGAGGGUCUUGGGACAGCCCUGCUUGGCUCAGGAGCUCAGUAGUGGGGCUCCAGCCUGAUGGCUGUGCCUGUCUCUCCAAGGGAGGACAGGUUCCGGCGGCCUGCGGCUGAGGACUGUGUCAUGGCCAUGCUGCGUUGGCCUGGGCCGGCCCAGCAGCCAGGUGCCACUGGAACACAUCGCCUCCUGGCCUGGUCGGAUACCAGUGACACUGCAGAGCCAUGGUGCAUAGCUUGCAGGCUGCCUGUGUGGUCCUCUGACCAGGAGGCCCAGGAUGGGGACAGCUCAGUAUCCUCUGGCCCCCUGUCUGGCUCCUCCGGGGGCCAUAUGCCUUGUGCCCCUCCCCAUGGACCCUGGAAGGAGAGGCCACCCCUGGUCUCAGCAUUGCAGCAGCUGCCCAGAAAGAGUGACCCAAGGCUAGAACGGCUGCGGGACCGGAUCCGCCAGCAGGCAUGGGGGCAGGCAAGCUGUGCCUCCUUGGGCACCUCAGCCCCCUCCAGCACCUCAUACCUCUGCUCCACCUCCACGCUGGCGCCCAGGAGGAGGACCCGCAAGGUGACAGCCGCCCUUCCAGCCCCCGCACACCCAGGUUUCAGCAUCCUCCGCAUGAUGAAGCCUCAAGGGAGAGAUCAGAUGUUCCUAGGCGCGGGGCGGGAGCUCUCUCGGGCCACCUGGCACCAGACUCCGGGGAACCGCGAGGAGGUCCUGCCACUCACCUCCCGGCCUCACACCCGCUCUCCUCCCCAUCGAGGUCCCCGAGACAAACCCAGGAGGACUCGAAGCCGCUCCUGCAGGAGGGACAAGGGCCCUGGGUCACCCUCACCCAGCAGAGCCGCCAAAGGCAAAGAUCCCGAGUCCAUUGGUGUUCAUGCCUGGAGGAGGGGACGGGAGCUGGCAUGGCUGCUGCUGGGGCCGCCACCCUCCCAGACCACCCGGCGCACCCGGCCCGCGCGCCAGAGUGCAGAGCCCUCGAGGGACCUGGGCCCCGCCGUGGGAUUAGGUAGCUCCCGCCUGUGCCAUGCUCUGACUCGCUCUGCCACAGCGCCAGGAGGGGACUUCAAGAAGGCUUUGGCCUCGGAGGGCUCAUCAGUCCACACCUGGCCAGAGAGGCCCACUUCAGCCAGCAGUGGCCCGCAGGUGUCGGAGAACACAGUCAGCCUGGCUUCCCACAGCCAGCAGGCGACGAUCCAGAGUGCCAUGGCCAUCCUGCAAGAUCUCCGCCAGCAGAUUCAGGCUGGGCUGGAGCUGGCACAGAGCCCUAAGCACAGGCUGAAGCACAAGAUGUCUAAGAUGAAGCCACAGAACCUGGCCCAGCAGGGUACCCGGAACAAUUGGCUCAGGCAGGGCUCCUUCCUGAAGAGUCCUUGCAACACGCCCGAGGGGACACACUCUAACCUGGACAGGGCCAGGCGUGCCCAUCCCCAGCAGGCCUCGAGCACCUCGACCGAGUGGGAGCCCUGUCCCCAGAGGGCCCGGGCAGCCAGAGGAUGGGAGCCCUGCUUCCAGAGACCUAGGAGCCCUCCUGAGAAGCUGAGCCCCUUUCCCCAGCAGCCCUGGAGUGUCCUUCCCAGGCAGGCCUGUCCUCAACAGGCCUGGGUGAAGAGUAAAGACUGGGGAGUCCCUGAGCCCAGACCAUGGAGCCCUAAGGAAAGACUGCGUCCUGCCCCGCGGCGCAAUGGUUCCUACCUGAAGAGGACUGGAUCCUCCUGCAAGGGCAGAGGUGCCACCACCCCUCCCUCUGAAGCCAGGCAGGCCUGGCUGUGGAGCUCCCCACGGCAGGAGCCUAAGGUGUGGUCGUGCCCACCCCACCUGCAACCCCGGAGGCCCCUGGGCCACUCACGUGGCUCCGAGGCCCUGUGUGACUUUAUGUGCCAGAAGGCACAGGCAGAGCGGCAGCAGGCCCUUCAGCAGACGGCCAUGGCCACAGACGUGCUGGAGCAGAGAAGCCAGCGGCUGCAGGAGGUCUACCGGAGGCAGAGAGAGGCCAUGCAGGGCAAGACAGUCCCUGUGGUCUCCCAGACCAGUCCUGGCAUUGUCACCUUCGUGCCCAGUUCAGCACAGUCGGAGGUCCUGAAAGCCCCUGGGAGCCUGGAGCCACCUGAGCGGGGCUGGAGCAAGGUGACUUCCGGUGUGGUACUGGGGGACCAGGAGAUACCCGGCAGCUUCUGUCUGUGUCUGAAUAGAGCCUGGAACCGCCCAGCGACGCCCCUGCCCGUGUCAGCCUCCUUGCCACGCUCCCUGCAGCUCCAGGACCCAGGCCGGGGGCUGCACAUCUGCCUGGACCCACAGGCAGCUGAGCGUCUGAGUCUGUAUGGCCCCCUGCAUGCACAGCACAAGCAGGCCCGGCUGCAGGCGCUGGAGACCAUGGCCGAUGUCCUGCAGCAGCGCAUUGACAUCCUGACCGCCAAGCUCCGCCAGAGUGAGACAUCGGCCACCACCCAGGACCUGGCCUCUGAGCUGCUGCCCCUGGGGCCCAGCACCACGCCUUCUGCCCUGGCCUGCCCUGGGGCCUUGGUGCCCAGUGGAGAGAGAGGGUCACCUCGUGAGGACUUCCUGGACAUGAAACCGCUGCCUCGGGCCCCGGUGAUCAGCUCUGAGAGCCAGCACCAAGUGCAUUGUGACAUUGGCCCCUUUUCCAAAGGUGCCCUGCAGGAGGGACACUGGCAGCCUGAGCAGAGGCUAUGUGGAGACUCGGCUGUCUUCCAAGCCGCUGGCACCGGCGCAGGGAGCACACUGAGGGUGGCUGCUGCCCCGCACCCCACCUGCGGCUCCCCGUGGCUGGAGGAGAAGCCAGCGGCCAGAGGGGCAGGCUUGACAAUGCCCUGGACCCCCCGGAGCUGUGGUCCCCAGGAGCCCGGGGUGCCAUGUCCCAGAGACCAAGGCGGGCACCUCCCUGACUUCCAGAUGAAGUCCUCGAGCUCCCUCAAGUCAUUGAAGGGACUCAUGGGGAAACACAAGGCCCAUGGCCGGCUGGAAACAGCUUCGAAGCUGGAGCAGCCACAGAUCCAUGCGGGCCCAGUGCCAGCGCCCACAGUGCCAGCACAGAGCCCUGACCCAGCCAGAGCCAGGUCAGGCCCAGCCCUGGGCAAAUAUGUGACCGGGUCCUCCCAGGGUCCUGAGAAGGGACAGGCCAGUGCAGAGGGCAGGUCAGCUUCUGCAGAGCAGGCCACACCUGACCCAGGCCCCGACCCAGAACCUGCCCAGCCGCGCCUGGCUAGGAUCUGCCCUCCGGACGGCUCCGCCCAUCAGGGGAGCGCGGCGGGGACCGAGAGUGCUAACCCUGGAGCCGGUGAGACCGCGGGCCGCCUCUCGAUCGCGGUGCUGGAGCAGAAGCCGCAAGAGGAGACGCUGCUCCAGCAGCACUGGGCCGCGCUGCUGCGCCUGCGCAAGACGGCGCGGGAGGAAAAGGCCCGAGCGGAGCGCGCGCUGCAGGAGCACCAGCUAGGGUGUCUGGAGCACAGAGGCCACGGAACCACAGGGGCUGCCUUGGGGGAGAGGGCACCGCAGGCCCUCAGCAGGCUGGAGGAGGAGCGGGUGCAGAGGGAAAUGCCGGGCCUGCAGGACAUGCAUUGGCCAGUGCUCCAGGGCGGACAGCAGCUGCCGCAGCAGCAGGAGGCCACUCUCACCGCGCAGAGGACACCAACACCACGGCUGCAGAGUCCUGGCCCCCAAGUCAAGGCUGCAGGGGAAGGGGCCUCAGAGGCAGGCCAGCAGCUGGAAGGAGCCCUGUGCCCCCCAAAACCACACAGGUCUUGCAGCCCUGUCAGCCCACGAGUGCAGAGAGGCUCCAAGAGUGCAGAGGUCACACACCUUGCCUGUGACCAGUGGGAGGAGACAACCAAGACAACUGAAGAUGCCACCAGCCACCAGCAGCCUCCGAGGCCAGCUUCAGGAGAGGACAUAGCAGGGCCCAGCAGCCCACUGGAGGAGGAAGGCAGUCAUAUAGACCAAGAGCCUUGCAAGCCUUGGCCGGGAUAUCUGCACUCAGACUCGCUGAACUCUGGACAGCUGUUGGACUCUGCCUGUCCGGCCCUCGAGGCAGAGCAGGACACCCCUGCAGCUCAGCUUGGGGUGCAGGAGGUGCUGGAGCUGCUCACAGGGGACACCCAGACCCAGGCCAGAGACUGCUGGGCCAGGAAGAGGCCCCCAGCUCCGCAGGAUGGUUGUGCCCACGGCUUCCAGGGGCACGGCCUGCAAUGCCUGGGGGCAGACCGUCCAUGCUGUCUGCAGGAAGCAAGUAUGACUGCAGAAAGCACAUGCCCAGCUGGACUAGAUGUUGCUGGGAGCCCGGAGGGGAAGCCCCUGGAAAAGCCUCCCAGAGAGCAGAGGACGGAGGCAUUUCAGAGGGACAGCAGCAACCCAGUGGCCGUUUCCCCAGCAGCUCCUGUGACCCUGGAGGAGAAGGCAGUACCCCCCAUCCAGCCCAGGCCUGCUACGUCCGUGCACCUGGGCUCUGAGCUUGCACUCUCCUGGGGGUCUUCAGGGUCCCCAGCAUCGUCCCCUCUGUCCUCACCAGGCUCUGGGAAUGGCCUGUCACACUCUUCCCUCCAGGAGUUUCAGAAAGCCAUAGCCACCCUGGCCCAGCUUUCCAACAGCUCCGAAUCCCUAUCUGACCUGGAGGCUGAGGGUAGCCUGGACACAGACCCCAGCUGGUCUGAGGAGCUGUGUGCUCACAAGGACUUUGGCCCACCCUCAUCUUUGGAGCUCCACCAGGGUGACCCUCAACCAGGUGCUGUGCCUGCAGGUGCCGGGCCGGUGACCUGGCAGAGGCCAGAGCGUGACCAGGCUGCUCGCCUGCCUGGCCCUCCUGGGAAGGUGACUGUGGCAGAAGCCUCGGACCCAGAGUGGAGUUGCCCACAGGCAGGCCGGCCACCGCCUCCCCAAGACAUCCAUUCUCCCAGUCCUGGGUCAGAGCUGUCAGAGACCUCCAGCCAAAUCUGGAUCGAGGACAAUGAGGAGAACCUCCGAGAUCCUGGCACAGGGGCCCAGCCCAGCUCAGGGAGCUCCUCGACACUUGGCUCUUCCAGCUGGGAGCACAGUGUGGUUCUGCCCACCUUGGUCCAGGGGGAGGGACAGGAACCUUCCAGAGCCAGCUGGAGCCUGAACGGUGGGUCAAACACAGAGAGCCCCCAGCAGGUGUCCUCCAAGGCACCAUCUACCAGUGACCUAGACCUGUAGGUCUAGGGAUCGACAGGUCCUUUUCUUCAGGGACCUCUGCAUCUGAAGGGGCUCAUUGCCAGGAGAAGCCCUGGGAUGCUGGCCUGAGCCUGUCUUCUGGAAGGAGACCCCCACAGGCCUCUGCAGGGCCUGAGGUCCUCUGUGGGCUUGCACUCUCUGUAGCUGAGGGCCAGGCAUCUGGGUGUGCAGGGAACGAAGCGCCCCAAGUCUCAGAGCAAGCUGCACCCUCUCACGGUGCUGGCUUCCCGACUGGGAGCCUGUCCCCUGUGGACGAGGAGUGGCUUUACAGCAGUGGGGCCCUCCUGCAUGGCCUCUCCUGGGACACCCACCUCCCUCCACCACUGCCCACUGCCCACACAGACCGUAAGGAGCAAGAGGCCCAGCCCUGCUCCGAAGACUUCCCGUCCCCGCCCAAGAGGCCUUGGUUCCCCAAGGCUCCCUGAGCCCCCUGGAGGAGGAUGCCUUUGUUACCACUGAGGACUUGCCCUCCUUGUCUGAGGAGGUCCCACGACAGGCACUGUCAUUGAGUCUCCAGGACUUGGGGCUCUGCCUGAGGACACGCCGACCAUGGAGAGACCCUGAGGGUGAACUGGGCAGGUCAGGGUCCAUGGUGGAAAGUCAGGCUGUGGAUUGUCAAUGGUCUGAACACGUCACCUGGCCAGAGUCUCCCUUGGGUAAAGGGGCAGGCAGUGUCCCCAGGAAGCUCCCGAGGGCACCAGCACAGCCUCUGUUCCUUUCCCAAGUGGCCCAAGUUGCAGAAGAGUGUCUGUCUGGGUUGUGGGGGGCUGAUGACCCAGAGGCCUUGGGCAGGCGCAUCAGGCCCCAGGAAGGGCUGCUGUGCUCUGAGAGUGCAGGGUGCCAGGGAGGCUGGGAUACCCUUGCAGCCUGUCUGUCAGACCUGAUGCCUUUGGUGGUCCACGGUCAGGCAGGGUUUCCCGGGCACACUAUCGAGGAAUGUAUGGAAGGCCUGAGCUGCUGGGCAGAGGACUCACUGUGCAGAGAGCCACUCCCAAAGGAACACUUGGCCACUGGCCACCAGCCACUAGGCUCCUGCUCUAAUCUCCUGGGCACAGAGAGGGACAAUGCGGUGGCCCUGGUGUUCACUCAGCUUACCAGGAGGAUCCUGCUGGACUCCAUGGCUGUGCUGGCCCCUGGAGACAGCCUCUAGACAGUGUGAUGUCAGUGUGUGUGUGAGUGUGGGUGUGUGUGUGCACAUGCACAUGCACAUGCAAGAGCCUCUGGAAGCCAGCCCUUCCAUCCUGGGGUCGACAGGUCAGGCUGCAUGGCCAUUGCGGCCAGCUGUACAGGAAGUCACCUGAUGGCACCCGCUGUCUGCAGUUCUCUGCACGGAGGCUGUGUAGCUUCCAGAUUCUUGAGGCCCCUGACCCAAGUCAGGAACCAUCGGGGUGGAGGAUGCACAGGCAGCAGGGGGCCACCUCUCAGGGCGGGGUGAGGGGAAGAGGGAGCUGACAUUGCAGAGUCAGGGCGAGAAGAGCCAAGGAGCUGUAUGGACAGAGGACUGGAAGAGGUGGCAGCUUGGGGGCCAAAGGUCAUUUCAGCCCUGAUCAGCAAAGCCUGGGGCUUGUCCAGUUAGAUGGGGUCACCUCCAGUGCUGUGGACCCCCAAUGAGCUUGCUGGGUCUCCUGGGCCUUCCCUCUUCUUGGGAUCCCCUGAGGCUACCCUGCCUGCUUCAUGUCCCAGUGGGCUCCACAUCAGAUGACCCUGAGUGGUUCUUUGAGGAGGUGGCCCAGGACACUGUCAUGUGUCCUCUUUUCACAGAGGAGCCCGUCUUUCUCAGGACAGAUGUCCAGCAGGAAGCCUGUGCUGUGGAUUCCAGCACACAGGGCCUCCUGCAUAGAGAGAAGCCAUGGGGACACCCAGGAGCCGUGAUCCUGAAGGUCCCCCCCCCAAGCCUCAGAUGGCCUCCGCUGUUGUCCAGGGCAGACAGGAUGGGCCAGUCACAUUGCUGGGCUUCCUGGGAUGGGCAGAUCAUGCAGAAUGGCCACCUGUGCUGCCAUGCAGGAAAUCACCUACGUGCCCUGUCCCCCAGGAAGUCCACCCAUAUUCUGAAGCCCAACACUGGGAGAAGCACCACAGCCACCAUCCCAGCCAAAGCCCCCAGCACCAGUGCCCCAGGCUGGACCCCGUGGGGCCUCCUCUUCCACCCCACCCCAAGGCUGGGUGAUGGGGGAGCGGGUGGCGUGGAGUGUGCACCUCUGCUGUUUUGGUCCUGAAUCUGCGCCUGCCAUGGCCUCAGAAAAGUGGCUUUGCACAAGCCCAGUGGCCAGCGCUCUUUAAGCGGAAGCAGCUUUCAGAUCCAUUUUCUGACUCCUAAGCCAGGGCUUUCUGGAGGAUGUGAUGGGCAAUCUCUGAGGUUAUGCUCCAACCCCGAGCAGUGGGCAUGUGUGUGUGUGCACAUGUGUGUGUGUGCAUGUGAGUUGUCUGUGACUUACCUCCUAGUGACCCCUUAUCAUUUGUCUUCUGUCUAUUCAUCCAUGAAUCUGUCUGCCCACCUGCUGUCUGUCCAUCCAUCUGUACCAGCUUGCAUCUCAAUCAUGAUAAAUGACACUGAAAUGGCACAAGCCUAUGAUCCCAGCUGCUGCAGAGCUGAGGCAGGAAGUUGCAAGUUCAAGGCCGGCCUGGGCAAUUAGUGAGACCUUAUCUCAAAAGAUAAAUACUCAAAAGAGCUGAGGGUGUGGCUCAGUGGUAGAGCGUUUGUCUAGUUUGUGUGAGUCCCUGGGCCCCAAUCCCCAGAAUUUCAAAAAGAACCAGAAAGCUAAGUGUGGUGACACAUGCCCAUAAUCCCAGCACUCAGGAGGCUGAAGUGGGAGGAUCACUGGAAUUCAAGACCAGCUUGGGAUACAAAGUCAAUUCAAGACCAGCCUGAGUUAUAUAUAUAGCAAGAAGAAAAACCCAAGGGUAACAAACCAGUAACCAGAACCCCAAAUAUGCUCAUGAGUAAUUUGUGGCUCUGGCAGCAGCUGACAUGACAUGAAAGGCAGGGCACAGGGGAGCGACAUGCAUGGUGGCCUUGGAAAGUCGACACCAGGACACUCGAAAACACUGCACAGGGCUCAGCAAUAUGCACAGCUUCUGUGAUUUUAUGCAUCAGCUCAAAGUAAUUUAAAAAACCCCUUUGAAUAAAGAUUCUGGACGAUGAAA